GGAGGCGGAGCGGCUGCGGCGGGCGCUAUAAAGCGGAGCGGCGCCGGGAGCGGAGGCAGCAGCUAGGAGCGGACAGCCGGGUGCAGACGCACAGCCCAGAGCCAGCGGUUGUUUGCCCUUGCAGGAGUGCUGCAACAGCCAUGGAGACCAUGCAGGAGCUGAUCCCCUUCGCCAGGGAGAUGCUGAGCCAGAAGCCCAGCAGGAAGAUGGUGAGGCUGUACGUGCUGGGCAGCAUGCUGGCCUUCUUCGGCGCGGUCAUCGGCCUGGUGGAGACCGUCUGCAGCCCUUUCGCCUCCCAAGACAGGCUGGAGGAGGAGGAGGAGAGGGAGAGAAACCCUCAAGAGCAGACAGCCCCCCAGGCGCAGGGCGACUUGGUGCUGGAAAAGAGCAAAGAGCCGGGCGCCCAGCCCAGGAGCUUGGUGAACAGGCAGCAUGCCUCCUAAGAGCGGCCACCAGCCUGGAGAUGGACUAUGCCAAGGGACUGAACAAGCCAGGGGCUUGAGAGGGACAAAUGCUGUUUUAUUUGCUGCUGUGCAGCAGUGAUAAGGGUGGGGUGGGAAACCCAAAAAUGCCAAUGUCCCCUUUUGUGGGGGUAUGAGCCGAUGCGAGAUGCAUAGCCUGGGGUCUUUAUUUUUCGUACUGAUAACGUUUUCCACAAGUUUUUGCAUUUUAAAUAAAUAUUUUCUAUGCUACAA